CCCGGCCCAUGUCAUUAAAUUUUGUUUGAAGUAUAGACAGGCCCGUUGGGCUGCUCAAUAGUCGAAAGGCAGCCGCGAGUAGGGAUUGCAAAUGCCCCUACUUCAAGGCCAUGUGGAGAAGUGAGCGCGCGCGGACAGGACACUCCCAACCCACAUGAGCCUAUGGCAGAGGUUGCAGGCCCGUGCCUAGAUAGCUGUCCAGAGACUGCUUGUGUUAGCGUCUCUCUAGGCACGUCCCUCACAGGUGUGGCGAAAGAGUUGAAGGAGAGGAUGCCCGCCUGGGCCAAAAUGAAGAAAGAGAGUAAAACACAAGUGAUUUUGGUAGAUGUAGAAGUUUUCAGGAGUAGAGUAGGGGCCCUUAUAGACUCAGGGACCACCCGCAGUUAUAUUAGCCGUAGAGCGCUGAAGAAGUUGAGGCUAGGACUAAAAGUCAAGAAGUUAGCAGACCCCAUAGUCAGUGUCCUCGCAGACAACCGCACAAUGCGUGUUGAGGACUAUGUAGAGGGAGUCCAGGCAUACUUUCGCCUAGAGAAGGAUGAGAAGGUGGAGAAAGUUCUCCAUUCCCUGACUCUCCUCGUACAGGAUGACCUUCCUUUCGAUAUAGUAUUGGGAAUGGAUUGGGGAGAGGCAGCAGGGGCCACACUCCACUUGAGAGAGCAUGAGUGUAGGCUCCCUAGUCCGUCAGGCGAGGUUAAGACUGCCCGCCUGUUUCAUGUGUCAGGCGUAGACAACACCUUGGCACAUUGCUGUCUCAGUGCUCCUGCGUUCGCGCGACUAGUAAAGGAGCAGUUAGAAGACCAGGUCUUUGUAGUCUACGUUAGACUUGUCACUGAGGCUAAGGAAGAAGUGAGUUCCACAGAUCCAACCAUAGCCAAGCUGCUGGAAGAAUUCAAAGACUUAACUGAGUCGCCGACAGGAGUAGUGCCGCGACCCAUCCAGCACAGGAUAAAGAUAGAGCCUGGCAGUAGAACUCCUAAGGGAGCAGUCUAUAAGAUGUCCCCUAGAGAAUUAGAGGAGCUGCGCAAGCAGUUAGAUGAGCUCCUUGAGAAAGGUUGGAUCAGACCCAGUUUGUCUCCUUUUGGAGCACCAGUCCUGUUUGUCCCAAAGAAGGAAGUAGAGCUUCGUCUGUAUAUAGACUAUAGGGGUUUGAAUGCGAUUACCUUGAAGAUUGCUGAGUCGCUGCCCAGGAUAGACAAUCUCCUAGAUCGGGUGCAGGGUUGCAAGUAUUUUUCUAAGAUAGACCUGAAGUCCGGUUAUCAUCAGAUAGAGGUCCACCCUGAUGACCAGUACAAGACUGCGUUCCGGACUAGAUAUGGGCACUACGAGUUUAUAGUGAUGCCCUUUGGACUAACCAACGCGCCAGCCACCUUUCAGCUUUGUAUGAAUGACUUGUUUAGGCCAUGGUUAGACAAGUUUGUAGUAGUUUAUUUAGAUGAUAGCCUAGUUUUUAGUAAGACCCUCCAGGAGCACCAGGGUCAUUUGAGGCAGGUCUUGGAGAAGCUACGAGAGGCUAACUUCAAGAUCAACGCGAAGAAGUGCGAGUGGGCCAAGACACAAGUCCUGUACUUGGGCCACGUAUUAGACGGAGAUGGCAUAAAGCCAGAGGACAGUAAGAUAGCGGCGAUUAGAGAUUGGCCGACGCCCCGCACAUUGACAGAAUUGCGGUCGUUUCUAGGCCUAGCUAACUACUAUAGGAAGUUCGUGAGGAACUUCUCCACUAUCGCCGCUCCGUUGCGCAGGUUGCUAAAGAAAGAGGCAAUCUGGCAAUGGGACAAAGACUGUACGUCUGCGCUAAAGAAGUUAAAGCGCGCCUUGAUAGAGUACCCUGUCCUCAAAGUAGCCGAUCCGUCUUUGCCAUUUGUCGUCACCACGAACGCAAGUCAGUAUGGAAUAGGCGCCGUGUUACAGCAAGACGACGGCAAUGGCUAUAGACCCGUAGAGUUCAUGUCAGCGAGGAUGCCCUCAAAGAAGGUUGCUACCUCCACGUACGAGAGAGAACUCUACGCUCUCAGGCAGGCUUUAGAGCAUUGGAAGCACUACCUGCUUGGGAGGCACUUCAAAGUGUAUUCUGACCACGAGACCCUUAGGUGGUUAAAGACUCAAGCCAAGAUGACACCUAAGUUGACUAGGUGGGCCGCAAAGAUAGACCAAUAUGACUUUGAACUUAAGCUAGUGAAGGGCAAGUACAACAUAGUGGCGGAUGCUCUGAGUAGGAAAUCAAACUACUUUGGAGCCAUAGUACACUAUCUGGAUAUAGGGAGAGACCUGCAUGAGAAAGUGAAGCAAGCGUAUGCGCAGGACCCUAUCUAUAGCGACCUCCUAAAGAGAGUUAGAGAGGCCCUAGAGACCGAGCCAGAUUACCGCACUACAGACGGGUUGCUGUUUGAGAAGACUAACGUAUUUGACCACCUGUGCGUUCCCAACAGCGAAGAAGUCCGCAGUUUGAUCCUCGGGGAAUGCCACGAUACUGAGGGACAUUUCGGUUGGCAAAGACAUUAGCCAAUCUAAUGCAUGCGUAUACCAAGCCAGGAAUGA